AUGAUACUACUAUGCGGUGAUCACGACAUGAUAAUUCCAUUCUUGGGAACUCAAGCAUGGAUUAGAGCUCUCAAUUAUUCCAUUGUUGAUGAGAGGCAUUCAUGGUGGGUCCAAGGCCAAGUUGCGGGUUAUACAAGGACUUAUUCAAAUCGGAUGACAUUUGCUACGGUCAAGGGAGCAGGACAUACGGCUCUAGAGUACAAGCCUACUGAAUGUUAUACUAUGUUAGAAAGAUGGAUUUCUAAUCAACCUCUAUGAUCAAUCUUUAUCUUAUCCAAAUAGGUGUGCCAAAACCCAAAAGUAUGAUCACUUUGAUGCUGCCAAAACUCUAAUAUGAGACAUGGUCUUGUCAAUUGAUACA